AUGUCGUCCAGCCGACUCCCCCCCGUCGCCUCGUUGCGUAAGCAGCAGCUCCUGUUAGAGUUUGCGAGCCUGAGACAUGCCGCCCCGCCGGGUGUGUACGUGAGCGUUGGCAGUGACGCGACGCUGUGGACGGGGAUUAUCUUUGUACGAUCGGGCCCCUAUUCUUCCGCCAUUUUACGCUUCCAGAUUCGGUUCCCAGGCUCGUACCCGGAUCUCCCUCCGCUGGUGACCUUCUCGACGGAUAUCUUCCACCCGCUCAUUGUGCCUUUGACGACGUAUACCUUUAGCACUGGGGCUUCGAGCCAGGAUCCUGUCAGUGCGACGGACGAGGAACGCUUACCCCCCGGCGGGUUCAGUCUGCGGCAUGGCUUCCCGCACUGGUUCGGUCGGGCGAGACGUAGUGGUGCAAUGACUACGACUACUUCGACGCCGUCAAGAAAGGUCAGCGGGGGGGGAACAAUACGGGAGAAUAAUGGUACGGAAGAAGAAGGAGGAGGAGGAGAAGAAGAAGGAGAAGAAGAAGGAGAAGAAGAAGGAGAAGAAGAAGGAGAAGAAGGAGGAGAAGAAGAAGGAGGAGAAGAAGAAGAAGAAGAAGAAGAAGAAGAAGAAGAUGGACAAGUGGUGGUGACAGGGGAUACCUCUGCGCUUCCCCGGGAGACCGUCCCUGUCGCAGCGUUGCUGCAGUAUAUCCGGUCUACCUUUGACGAUGAAAGCGUACUCGAUGCUCUCCCGUUGGAGGCGGCGGGGAACCCUGGCGCGUGGCAUGCGUGGAGGGCUCAUCGGCGAGCGGUCAACGGACAUCACACUGGUCAUCUUGCCAAGGAGAGAGAUCUGAAACGAGGCACUCCGCAGGCGAGAGCCCCGGGGGAUUGGCAUUGGGACGGCAUCUGGGCGAAACGCGUCCAGCAUGAGAUCGAGGCGAGCAAGUCCGAUGCGAUGCUUUUCGGAAACGCCGCGCGCGGCACAAAUGAUGAGAUGGUCCGGUUCUCCCGUUUAGACGACGACGGCUUGGCUUCCAUCAAGGCCAAGAUGAUCCCCCAGGUGGAAGAGGUUCGCCAGUGA